CACAGAGUUAGAGCGAGUCAUUUUCUAUUAUAUAGCCUGGAAUUCCCAAACUAAUAACAUACUCUUGUUCUCAUUCUCUAUUCUCUUUCUUAAUAUGCCAACAUUAUUCCAAAGCAUUUUCUAUGUUUCUCUUCUUCUUGUCCUAAGCUCAACACAGACGUUAUGUCACACCAAGGGAAUUCGGCCGGGAAACUCCGCCGGAAAAGUACACCUGAGUCAGAACAUGACCCGAGUCCAAUUCUCGGAGCAACAAUUCAUGAAGUGGGUUAAGUUUGUGGGGAGCCUCAAACACUCGGUAUAUAAGAACGCGAAGAACAAGCUCUUCCCUUCUUACACACUCAAUGUGGAUAAGAAUCCUUCCCGGGGAGACUUCACUUCAAUUCAGGACGCCAUUGAUUCUCUUCCGUUCAUCAAUCUCGUCAGAGUCGUGAUCAAGGUCCAUGCAGGUGUCUACAAGGAAAAGGUAAAUAUACCGCCAUUGAAAUCGUUUAUAACCAUAGAAGGAGCUGGGGCGGAGAAGACAAUAGUUCAAUGGGGAGACACAGCUCAAACACCUUCAGGUCCGAAAAAACAACCGAUGGGGACGUUUAAUUCUGCAACUUUUGCUGUGAAUUCACCUUAUUUCAUUGCAAGAAACAUUACUUUCAAGAACACUACACCGGUGCCGGCUCCGGGAGCAAUAGGAAAGCAAGCGGUGGCGUUUCGGAUAUCAGCAGAUACAGCAGCCUUCUUAGGGUGUAGGUUUUUGGGAGCACAGGACACAUUGUAUGACCAUGUGGGAAGGCAUUAUUACAAAGACUGUUACAUUGAAGGUUCUGUGGAUUUCAUCUUCGGAAAUGGUCUCUCCCUCUUUGAGGGAUGUCACGUGCAUGCAAUAGCAACAAACACAGGGGCAUUAACGGCUCAAGGGAGGAGCAGCUUGCUGGAGGAGACGGGCUUCUCCUUCGUCAACUGUAAGGUCACGGGUUCAGGAGCUCUCUAUCUUGGAAGGGCUUGGGGACCCUUCUCUAGGGUUGUCUUUGCCUACACUUAUAUGGACAACAUUAUCAUGCCCAAAGGCUGGUACAACUGGGGUGACCCUAAUCGUGAAAUGACUGUGUUUUAUGGGCAAUACAAGUGCACUGGACCUGGUGCUCAGUAUGCAGGGAGGGUAUCGUGGUCUAGGGAACUCACUGAUGAGGAAGCAAAGCCUUUUAUCUCCCUUACCUUCAUAGAUGGGUCUGAGUGGCUCAAAUUCUGAUUUUCAUCGAUCUACUAAUAUAUACAUGAUUGUUAUCUUUGUGAAAGGCCGUUUUUACU